GGUCCCCGCCGUCCUCCCGCCGCCGCCGCCCCGACUAGCGCAGCCAUGGGGCUCCUGGACGCCGAGCCGGGCAGCGUCCUGAACGUGAUGUCCACGGCGCUCAACGACACGGUGGAGUUCUACCGCUGGACCUGGUCCAUCGCAGAUAAACGCGUAGAGGACUGGCCUCUGAUGCAGUCUCCAUGGCCGACACUGAGUAUAAGCACUCUUUACCUUCUGUUCGUGUGGCUGGGCCCGAAGUGGAUGAAGGACCGCGAGCCCUUUCAGAUGCGCUUAGUGCUCAUCCUCUACAACUUCGGGAUGGUUUUGCUAAACCUGUUCAUAUUCAGAGAGCUAUUCAUGGGAUCAUAUAAUGCAGGGUAUAGCUAUAUUUGCCAGACUGUGGACUAUUCUAAUAACGUUAAUGAAGUCAGGAUAGCUGCUGCUUUGUGGUGGUACUUUGUAUCUAAAGGAGUUGAAUACUUAGACACCGUGUUUUUUAUCCUGAGGAAGAAAAACAACCAAGUGUCUUUCCUUCAUGUGUAUCAUCACUGUACAAUGUUCACCCUGUGGUGGAUUGGAAUUAAGUGGGUUGCAGGGGGCCAAGCAUUUUUUGGAGCCCAGAUGAACUCCCUCAUCCACGUGAUCAUGUACUCCUACUAUGGGCUCACUGCAUUUGGCCCAUGGGUCCAGAAGUACCUUUGGUGGAAGCGAUACCUGACCAUGCUGCAGCUGGUUCAGUUCCAUGUGACCAUCGGGCAUACAGCACUGUCUCUCUACACUGAUUGUCCUUUCCCCAAGUGGAUGCACUGGGCUCUAAUCGCCUACGCCAUCAGCUUCAUAUUCCUCUUUCUCAACUUCUACGUUCGGACAUACAAUGAGCCCAAGAAAUCAAAAACUGGAAAGACAGUGAUGAAUGGUGUUUCAGCAAAUGGUGUGAACAAGUCAGAAAAGCAGCUAGUGUUAGAGAAUGGGAAAACCCAGAAAAAUGGAAAAGCAAAAGGAGAGUAAAUUGAACUGGGCCUUAACUGUGGUCGACAGUGAGGAAACUCGUAUGUCAUGUAAAAUUUCAGGGAUAACAGAAGCAGAAGGUCUGGGGUGGGGAGAAAAAGCAGAUGUGCUGUAUGUACUAGUAACCUUUAGACUGAGUAAAGCGAUCAAUACGGGGCCCAGAUGUUUUAUUUAUGAAGUUUUUUUUUAAACCUUUUUUUUUAUUAGCCUUGAUGUCCACACGAAAGCAACCCCAGUGUGGCUUCGGAGACCCCAAAUCUCAUCCGCUGUCUGAUGGGGAGGUCUUAUGUGGAUCUUACAUUCUCUCAUUUGUCAGCGUGGAUUUUACAUGGUCACAGAAACACAGUUUUUAUGAACGUUUUUUGUUUUUGCUAAAUUACCAGCUAUCUGCUGGAAGCAAUCAUAUACUUAAUUUUCCUAACCAAAGAUGGAAAUGUGGCUAUAUUUGAAUUUGCACAUUUGAAUUCAUUUAUGGACCAUCAUGAUCAAAUCUCCCCACCUCUAGUCAGGAUAUAACCCUUUGGUUGUAAUGAAAUUAGAAACUUUCUGCUGAGCUCUAUAGAACCUUAGAGGCUUGAUGAUGGUGUUGGUAAAAAAUAAAGAAAGAAUAACGGUAAAAAUCCUGUCUAGUGACUCCAAAGUCACCACGAUUUACGGCACAAAUCACUGUGGGAAACAAUUUUUGUGAUGAAAAGGCAGCCUUUGGAAUACUCAGAUUAUUAGAAGAAAUGUAUUAUGCAAAUUAAGAUUAUUGUCUGAUUGAAACAUGAAACAGCUCAUAUUCAUUUAUAAUUCCUGAGAUAGUUACAUUUCUGUGCAGCUAGAAUUCUAAGAGUAUGUUGAUUUUUAUCAGGCUUUCCUUGUUUUGAUUUGUGGCUGUUGCUGAUUUUUCAUAUGUGGAAAUAUACCUACCUCUUCUGUUGGAAAGAACACUCAAAAUUUAAUAAAUUUUAAUUAAAAAAAAUCAAGGAGUCCUCUAAUACAAAUUUUAAUUUUCACUUUUAAAAUUUUCACUAGUAUUUUUUGGGCUUUUAAAAAAUACAAAUAGCAUACACCACAUUUCUGUGAAACUGUCUCUUUCAAUGUGUUUAAUUUUGGAAUAAUAUUUCCCUUGUGACUAUGUUGUAAAAUCUUAUUUAUUAGCCAGAUAUGAAGUGUAAACCCAUUUUGGUGCAAUAAUCUUGACUCCUUGGUGCUAAAGAUCAUUAAAUUCAGUGCUUGAUAUACAAAGUGUUAAUUAUUGAAGCACAGUGAAUAAAAAUGAGAGCAAAUCCAAACUACCAAGUUAAAUUUGCUAAUUACAAAUGAAGUAUUUCAUGUAGUAGAAAUGAGCAGCCGGCAGUAGUAUGGAGGAGAACCUGAACCUUGUUUGAUUGCAUAGAUUAACUCGUUAGGGAUGUCACAGAGGGAUCAUGACAGAAAGAGAAACUGACAAAAAUAGCAUGAAUAUCUCCAAGUAACUUAUCAACACUGCAUGUGUAUAGGAUGUGUGCUGUCUUUACAGACUUCUAGGAUAUUUUGUAAACUAUGAAAUAUUUAUUGUGUAUUAAAAUUCCAUUCUCCCCAACGGCAUGCAGUCAUGGGCACUGCAGCUCACAGAACUUUGGUCUAUGAGGACUCACUUCUUGCUUUUGCUCCAGUGUGUAAUGACUAGAGAUUUGUGGAUCUUUGUGAACAUUCUGUACUGGUUCCCCAGAGCGAUUCAUUCCCUGCUGCCUGACUUCAGCACAAUAAAUGUUCAAUUGCUGUGGGAAAAGUGA